AUGGAGGAGGGCACGGAAACCACCGCGAACGAACCGCAAGCGGACACGCAAGAGUCGCAGAAGCACACCGACGAAGUGAUUCUGCUGAUACCUCCCGUGCCUCCAGAGACGGACGGACCUGCCAAAGCGGAGCAAGUGGAAGUGGGUGCGCCAAACCACAGCAGUGGAGAGUCGCAAAGCGAGGAACGCAGCACGGACUCGCCACGACAUAUUUGGCUACCCGGCACGCAUGUCCUCCUCAAUGCGCGCAGCGGGACUGCGCUCGAUCUCUGCGGGGCCGACCAACGAAACUUGAUCGGGUUCCCUGUAAAUAUGGGACCUAAUCAACAGUGGGAGUUCAUCCCGAGCGGGAGAGGAUACAUGAUCCGCAGCGCGUGUCCUUCGUCGUGCGGGCUCUACCUCACCGUCGAGGAGCUGCGCGACAAUGCGCCAAUCGUCGCGAGCUCCUAUCCUGCCAGCUGGAACGUAGAAUUCGAUGAGGGCGCGGAGAAUGCGAUCCGGAUAUCCUGGCCGAAUACCGACUUUGUCAUGGAUCUGGCAGACUGGGGAAACGCUACGCCCGGUACGAAGGUCCAGCUCAUGCACGCGAAGGCAGGCGAGCUCUGCCAGCUGUGGCGCUUCACGCGCUGUGCACCCGCACAGGAGCAGGAAGAGAAGAUCGCUCGUACCGCGACGAAACCUGUAAUUGCGGAGACGAUCAUCGUUUCGGAAGGAAAGGAUCAUAUCACCACGACACGAACGACUACGACAACCACUGUGGCGACGGUGACGACGGUGACGAGGACACCACGGCCAGGCAGCAGCUCGCUGUGA